AUGACAUUGAACAAUGUUAGCAAAUGUGACCAUUUAACAGAUGAAAAACUUAGUUUUAAAUCUACUUCCAUUGAUCUCAACAUUGAAGAAUCUCUGUUAACCCGAAGUAAAUGUUUAUCCGAUGAUGCACCUGAAGUCUUUGAUUUGACCGAAGAUAAGAAUGGUGAUGAUGUAGAACCUGACGGUUUAAUAGUGGAUGGGAGAGCAACAACGAAUCAGGAUGACUCCGCAGGGGACGGCCGUUUGAUACUGUAUGCAAAUGCAGCACCGUUUCUUGAAUUACGGAAAGAAAUUGUAAAAGACAACAACGAACACAAUACCUUACCUGCAUAUGCGGUUUACAGUCGCUCCCCGAUGCCGAACAAUGCUUCAGGAAUCCCCAGAGUUGAAGCAGUAUUUCAUACGGCAAUGGUGGUUAUGUAUUUUUAUGGGGGAAUAUUAAUAGGCGAAUUGCUGAACGUACUCGAAGAACAACUGAAGUACAGCAUAAAAUAUUAA